AUGUCCUUCAGCUUCGGCGGCGGCAGCACCGCCCCCUCUUCCACCUCUUCCACUGCUGCUUCUGCUUCUGCUUCUAGUGCUACUAUAUCUUCGCCUUCCGCCGCGGCGCCCACAACGCCCGCCGCCACUGCCGCCCCCAACGCUGGAUGGCCCACAUCCGCCCCGGGCACCUUCAGCUUCGGCGGGGCCGCCACAGCGCCGCCGCCGUCAGCUCCUCCGGCGACCACGCCCGCCACCACCCCGGCCUCGUCUUCAUCCAGCUUCGGGGCCGCCGCCACCACCCCGGGCACCUCCAGCUUCGGCAGUUCACUGUUCGGCGCCGCCACCAGCAGCACCAGCGGCAGCACAGCGUCCACCUCCACCUCGUUGUUUGGCAGCUCAACCGCACCACCAACGGCGGCGGUGCCGUCAUCGACCAGCGGCCCUGCCAUGAAGCCGAUGACGAAUGCCUUCGGACCCGGCACCACGGGCUCUAGUCUGUUUAGCGGCUUCGGCCAACCAGCGGCCACCGCCGCCACCACCACCUCGGGCGGGGUCUUCGAUUUCGGCGCAGCCACCUCGGGUGGGUUCGGCCAACCCGUGACCACCACCUCGGGCGGCGGCUUCGGGGGUUUCGGCUCAGCCACCUCGGGCGGCUUCGGCCAACCAGCAGCGGCCGCCACCACCACCUCGGGUGGAGGCGGGUUGUUCGGCUCCACCACCACCACGGGCGUCUUCGGCCAACCAGUGGCCACCGCCGCCGCCUCGGGCGGGGGCUUCGGUUUCGGCGCAGCCACCUCGGGUGGGUUCGGCCAACCAGCAGCCACCACGCCCACCUCGGGCGGCUGCUUCGCUACUUUCGGCGCCCCGUCGACCACCGCUCCCACCUUCGGCGCGCCCGCCGCUACCGCCGCGGGACACUUCUCCAGCUUCACCCCCACGCCAGAGAGGGUGAAUGUGGCACGGCUCUUUGAUAGAAGGGACCUGUUCCCGGACGUGAUCCUACAGUACCAGGGCCAGGACAUCUACGCGCACAGGGCCAUCCUGGCGCUGGGCUCGCCCAAGCUCCAGAAGAUGUUUGACGACCAUUCGACCCAGCCCCCGAUGAUGCAGGAGAACAAGCCCGUCUACUUGCUCGACGACGACAUCAAGGGGCUCCAGCUCACCGACGUCUCCCGCAUCAUCAAGUUCUGCUACACGGGCUGUUUUGAUGCCGACCUGCCCUUGGCCAGGCUUGUUCAAAUAGCGCUGGUGGCCGAAGAGUUUAAGAUGACCAGCCUCUCGUCCAUCUGCCAAACGCUGUGCCUCCACAAGGCAAUGGCCGAAACCUCGCUGGAGCCCAUCCUCGAAACCCUCGAGACUGCGCACCAGAACGGGCUCGUGGAACUGAAGAAGGGAAUCAUGACCUUCCUGAAGGAGGCGUCCUCCAACCUUGGCGCCACGGUCGAUGAGUUUAUGCGCCUCGAUAAGGACCUCCUCGCUGAGUUCCUCCUCCACGUUACGGGCAUGCUGCACCCCAGCACCCCCUCCGGAGCAUUCGAUUUUGGGAGCUCGGUGUGA